UUGUACUUUUAUGAUAUCCGGUGUCAUGGCAGCGCUGAUAUAGACCACGAUACUAUUUCGGACUCAGUAAUUUUGUGUAUUCCAUUGAAGUUAGAGAGGAAGGGACACCGAUAUCAACAUCAACAAUGGCUGAACCUGAAGGAUACUCUGAGGCAUUGGCUCUCCUGGAGAAUCUACAGAUGUCCACCACUCACGAAGAUCUGCUGCCCAGUCUGGACGCAGUGCUAUCAUUUCUCCAAAAAUUCAGUGGAGAGGACCUUGACAGCCAUACUCAUGGAUUUGUGGAAUGUGGCGUUCUCACCGAGCUCUACAAAAAUCUAACACAAGGGACAACUGACCUUCAGCUGAAAGUCAUCAUGGUUCUUGCCGAACUGGCCAAAAGUGAACCGGUGAGGAAGGAGUGUGUUGACAAAGGAUUUGUACCUGUUUUACUGAACAUGCUCAAAUCAACAGAAGAUAUCACCAUGGCAACCCAGAUCUGUCGAGCCCUCGGCAACAUUUGUUACGAGCACGACGAGGGCCGUGAAGCUAUAGACCAAGAGAACGGUCUGCCCGUUUUACUGGACCUGAUGAGAAGCUACCUGAAGAAUGAAGAUCCUGCGGCCAGCCGGCUACGCCUCACCGCUUGUGGCUACCUCCUCAACGUCACCAAUACUAACGACAAAAUGUUGGAGAAGGCGCUAACGGAAGGCGCCCUGGACCUACUGGAACAGUAUGUGUGGCAGCACCGCGGCGACAAGGAAAUGUGCAAUAUGGCGCUCCUCGCCAUCGGCAGUUUUGUUGACACAGAUCUGUGUCAACACAAGCUACAGUCGUCAACGCUCUGUAGUACCAUAGUAAGCCUUCUGGACACGAAACUAUCCGACUGCUACGAAAACAUGAUCCUAGAACUCUUCAUCAGCCUUUCUGAGAUAGAUGAUUUGAAGGACAUAUUAGCAGACACCAACCUCAGCAGUCAUCUUAUUCGCAUCAUCCAAUCAAACACCGGUCGCCUUGACGAUGGUAGUCAACAAACAGUCAAAAUGGCCUCUGACCUUCUUGUCUUAUUGUUGACAGGAGACAAAAGUAUGGAGGUGAUGUUCAGUAAAGGGGAGGGGCUUGUCUUUGUGGAGACUGUGAAAUGGUUGGAGAGCGACUCACCCCACUUACAACUUUCUGCAGCUCUAGCAAUUGGAAACUUUGCUCGUAGAGAUGAACACUGUCAAAAGUUAGCCGAACAGGGAAUCGUUGAGAAGCUGUUGAGUGUGAUCACGGCUCAGAGUACUCCUGAAGGGGACAUAACUCUACAGCAUGCCGUACUAAGUGCUCUACGUAACCUUGCCAUACCUGUGAGCAACAAAAGUAUCCUCUUAAAAGCUAAAGUUAUAGAAGUGGUUCUUUCUCUGAUGUGGUCGGAAACCAUGGCUGUAGUAUUCAAGCUUCUCGGCGUGCUGCGCAUGCUCAUAGAUAAUCAAGAGGCAGCAGCUGUACAGCUCGGGAAAAACCGUGAAUUUGUCACACGACUGGUGGAGUGGUGUGAUGUGGACGAACACGCAGGGGUCAAAGGUGAAGCAACACGACUGUUAGCCUCGCUGAUCAAAAACAGCCACUCGUCCGAAGUCAUGAGGAACGCUGUGAAGGCUGACGGUAUAGAGCAUCUUGUUUCUAUGACGGUGUCGGAACAUGUCGUCAUGCAAAACGAAGCUCUAGUAGCCUUGACCUUAAUAGUGUCCGCUGUUCUAGAGGACGUAGCCAUGGCAUUGAAGCAAUCGGACCUGACCGAGUCCAUAACCACGAUACUACAGAAGGAAGAUGCCAUCCCGGAGAUAAUAUGCAAUACUUUGAAACUCACCAAAAUCAUCUGCACAGCGGCAACUCCUUCCACCAAUCAGAUGAUUCCUUGCAGCAUCCUGGCCUGUGCUGGUUUGCUUUCUGAUAUGCAAAGUACUUUGAAGGAGGAUAUCGCCACAUCAGGAAUUGCCGGCCUGACAGAAAAACUGACCAACCACGAGGAUGAAAAGGUCAAGGAGGCUGCUUCGUCCCUUCUGACCGCCAUCCAGAUUCUGACCACGGAAAGAUGACGACUGGGUUUCGCAGGAUGAAGCAACAAUGGUUGUAUCAGUCUGUAGGAGUCCAGGUUUAGCAAACCGUCAAACUUCGGAUACAUGUAUACAUGAUAUAAUUAUAAUUUAAUACAGGGAGUUUUAUCUCCAGUUUGUACAUCAUUUGUCACCGGUCAUUCAUGAAAAUCAAAAGAUCAAAGUUUCACCUAAUCUUUAAAACAGCAUUUGCCAUACAUGCAUUCAUCUUGUAGUAUAUUUCAAUAUUUAUUUUUUGCUUUAGGAAAUAUUAUAAAUUAACGUCAAAAACAUUUGCUAUUUGUUUUUUGUGGCAUACUUUGGAUUAGAAACAAUUAUGAUUUAAAACAUUUUUGAUAUACAGCAUACAUAAAAAAAAAAAAAUCCUGGAUUUGAAACUAGGAGCUGAUUUUCAGUAUCUGGUUCUAGUAUAACCUAGCAAAAGUCCAUCUUUUUUUGACCCCAGAUGGUACUACCUAGGGGACUGAAUUUGCACUCUGUCCGUCCGUUCCUUUUGUAUGAGGCAUAUCUCAUAUCCUCUGUCACUUAUGAUUGCCAGAUUUUGUAUGCAAGUAACCUCUUGGUUGGGAUGGCAGAAUGUCACAUUCCAAAAUCUGGCCCGUUUUCAAGAAACUGUU